ACAUAGAAAACACAAAUCAUCCUACACUUACCAAGCUUAACGCACAUACACCCAAUCCCUUUCCAGCACACAGAUCGAUGACGUGGCAUGAAUUUCCAAAUCCCGCCUAAACCCUCAAUUUCAUUUCGUGCGCAAUUGAAUUUCAAUUUCCCUCAUGACUUAAUAUCUCCGCCCUUGGCCAUCUCGACCUCUCCUCACAAUUUCCUCUCUGUCUCUCUUUAUUUUAUUUCUCCUUUUCUCUCUUUUCCAAACCCUAACCCUAAUCUACCAAACCGGAUUCGCCAUGAAAGGAGGUAAAUCGAAGUCAGAUGCCAAAAACACCAAGCUUUCCGUGAACAAGAAACCUGCAAAGGCAGCAGGUAAGAAAUCUGGCAAGGCAGCCAAGGACCCAAACAAGCCAAAGAGGCCUGCUAGUGCUUUCUUCGUUUUCAUGGAAGAGUUUAGAGAGCAGUACAAAAAAGAACACCCUAAAAACAAAUCCGUAGCUGCUGUUGGGAAAGCUGGUGGAGAUAGAUGGAAGUCAAUGUCCGAAGCUGACAAAGCACCAUAUGUGGCCAAGGCUGAGAAGAGGAAGGUCGAGUAUGAGAAGAAAUUGAAAGCCUAUAACAAAGGACAGUCUGAAGGACCCAAGGAAGAAGAGGAGUCUGAGAAGUCCAUGUCUGAGGUGAAUGACGAGGACGAAAAUGAGGAGGAUGGCAGUGCAGAGGAAGAUGAUGAUGAGUAGUAAUGAGCAAGGGGAAUAGCAUAGUCAUGUAGGCUGUGACUGUUUGAACAACUCAUGUUAAUGUGGGGAUAUUUGCUUGUUAAUUUUUUGUUGGUUUUGUCUUCUAGGAGAAGGAUAUCUCUGCUCCCUCUUAUUUUAUCCUUCUCCUUUCUGGGGGAAAAAUGAAUAGUGGUAGGAGGGAGAUGCUUCUGCGUACUCUGUACCAAAAUUAAUGAUUAAGCUAAAUGGUUAUCUUUUGUAGAGAA